AUGAAUAUUAUAGUAAUAUUUUCGAGUAUUUUAGUGAUUAGUGGAUAUGCUGAUGGUGGAGUGCUAAAAAAUAACUCGUUUAAGCUAGACAUCAUUCAUUAUAAUGAUUUUCAUGCAAGAUUCGAAGAAACAACAGUGUCAUAUCCAGUGUGCCAUUCUAAUAAUACUUCAUGUUUGGGAGGUUUUGCACGUAUGUACUAUGAAAUCAAAACUCUACUCAAGGAAAAACCUGGUGCAUUAGUAUUGGAUGCAGGAGACACUUUUCAAGGAACCUAUUGGUAUACACUGUUGAAGUGGAACAUUACAGAAAAAUUUAUUAAUUUAUUACCUAAUGAUGCUCAUGCAAUAGGAAAUCACGAGUUUGAUGAUGGGAUUGCGGGCUUAGCGCCAUAUCUUGCGGCACUCCAAGCUCCAGUGGUGGUAGCUAAUAUUGAUACGAGUCUUGAACCUAAUCUAAAUGGUUUAUAUAAGCCACAUAUAAUCAUAGAAAGACGUAGAAGAAAAAUAGGUAUAAUUGGUCUGAUUACGACAGAAACCAAGAUGUCAUCAAAUACAGAAAAAGUUAAAUUCUUAGAUCCCAUAAAAACAGUUCAAAAAGAAGCUCAAUUACUAACGGAUCAAGGAGUGGACAUAAUAAUAGUUCUGUCACAUUGCGGACUCGACAUUGACAAACAAAUAGCAGAGACGGUGGGAGAGAACAUUGAUGUCAUUGUCGGAGGACAUUCACACAGUCUUUUAUGGAAUGGAGAGUCACCAAGCAAAGAAUAUAUUUCAGGACCCUAUCCUGUCCUCGUUAAUUCUAAAAAUAAUUCGGAUCAUCAGGUAUUAAUAGUAACAGCGGCAUGUUUUACAAAAUAUUUGGGUAACUUAACAGUGUAUUUUGAUAAUAAAGGAGAGUUGAUAGAUUUCGAUGGUGAUCCUGUCUUUCUUAAUAGGUCAAUUCCUGAAGAUCCUGAAAUAAAAGCUCUGUUGAAGCCCUAUGCAGAUAAACUUCAUAAUCUCGUCAAUGAAAAAAUCGGAUUUGUUGAUGGUGGUUUUCUCGCAUCGACGUGUGGAUUUCAGGAGUGUGCUAUUGGAAAUUUUAUUGCAGAUGCAUUUUUAGACGCUACUCAGGAAAUGCAAAUUUCAAAUCUACCGCAUGUUUCGUUUGUGUUACGUAAUAUGAUUCGAGGUUCUAUACCGAAAGGAGACAUAACGCGGGGAGAGGUAAUUAAUGUAUUACCGUUUACCAAUAAAGCAAUUACUUUCUCACUGUUAGGAAAAUAUUUAUUAGAAGCUUUUAAAAAUUGUAUGAGCAUGUCGUGGGUUUCUAAACCAUUUCAAGGCCCUUGGAUGCCACAAGUAUCUGGCAUGCAUUUGACUUUAAAUUUGACUGAAGAAUUAGAAAUAAAGGUAUUAAUAAAGGAAGGUGAUGAGUUUAUUCCUUUGGACCUAGAAAAGGAAUACCAAGUUACUACGAUGAACUUCAUAACUAAAGGUGGAAAUGGUUUUAGUAUGUUGAAUAAGUAUGGAAAAAACAAGACUGUAGUUGGAAAAGAUACAGAAGUGUUAGAGAGGUAUGUUAGAAAGCGUUCGCCAAUCACACCAAAAUUAGACAAAAGACUUAUUGUGAUAAAU